AUGAAGAUUGAAGAGGUGCAGUCGACUGCGAAGGCGCAGCGCAUUGCGUCGCACACGCACGUCAAAGGUCUGGGGCUGGAGGCAGAUGGUACAGCUUUGCCAAUUGGCUCGGGACUCGUGGGUCAAGAGAAGGCGCGCGAAGCCGCGGGCCUCACGGUCGAGCUCAUCAAGUCAAAGAAGAUGGCGGGGCGCGCGUUGCUGCUCGCUGGAGCGCCUGGGACGGGAAAGACGGCACUGGCGCUGGGUAUCUCGCAAGAGCUGGGGCCGAAAGUACCGUUCUGUCCCAUGGUGGGGUCGGAAGUCUACUCGUCGGAAGUGAAGAAGACGGAGGUGUUGAUGGAGAACUUUCGGCGUGCGAUUGGACUGCGGAUCAAAGAGAGCAAAGAGGUGUACGAAGGCGAAGUGACCGAGAUGACGCCGGAGGAGACGGAGAAUCCGCUUGGCGGGUACGGCAAGACCAUCUCGCACGUGAUUGUGGGUCUCAAGACCACAAAAGGCUCCAAGCAAUUGAGACUCGACCCGAGUAUCUACGAGUCACUGCAGAAAGAGAGAGUGGCAGUGGGCGACGUCAUAUACAUUGAAGCCAACAACGGCAGCGUCAAGCGCGUUGGUCGCUCGGACGCCUACGCCACUGAGUACGACUUGGAAGCGGAAGAGUACGUGCCGAUCCCUAAGGGCGACGUCCACAAGAAGAAGGAGCUGAUUCAGGAUGUGACGCUCCAUGAUUUGGAUAUCGCAAAUGCACGUCCGCAAGGUGGGCAGGAUAUCAUGUCCAUGAUGGGCCAGAUGAUGAAGCCCAAGAAGACAGAGAUUACUGAAAAGUUGCGGACGGAGAUCAACAAAGUCGUCAAUCGGUACAUUGACCAAGGUGUGGCGGAGCUCGUGCCGGGCGUGCUGUUUGUGGAUGAGGUCCACAUGCUGGAUAUUGAGUGUUUCACGUACUUGAACCGUGCACUCGAGUCGACGCUGGCCCCGAUCGUCGUAUUUGCCACGAACCGUGGUGUUUGCCAGAUCCGCGGUACUGACGUUUCGUCUCCCCACGGCGUUCCACUCGAUCUGCUGGACCGCAUGCUCAUCAUCCGCACGAUGCCCUACUCUGUGGAAGAGAUGGUGCAGAUCAUUAAGAUCCGUGCUGAAGCUGAGAGCAUCAAGCUCAUGGAGGACGCCAUUUCGCGACUGGGCGAAAUCGGCUCAGAGACCUCGCUUCGGUACAGUGUGCAGCUGCUCACGCCUUCUCGGAUCCUUGCCGAGACUCAAGGCCGUUCGGAAGUGUCGGUGGAUGACAUUGAGGAGACGAAAAACCUGUUCAAUGAUGCCAAGCGAUCGGCGCUUGCUCUUGCACAGUCUGAGGGAUAUCUUAUGUAG